GUCCCUUGGCAAUAGUGUCUCCGCGCUGUGCCACAAACUGAGGGAGCAGCACAGUGAGGCCUGGAUGACGAGCACACUGCAGUACCUUGCAGUGUGUAAGAGAUUCCAGGUCCCUGGUGUCGAGGCACAGCCUGUGGCAUCACCACCACCCAUGAUGCCUGUUCCCUCACCCCACUGGCUCCUCACCGUCCAUGCCGAGGACAUACGGACGCGGAUCGGUGAGAUGAAGGCCAGGGUCACCUCCAUUUUCGGAUCCAUCCUGAAGAUGGAUUCAACCAAGAAGGUGACCAAGAAGCUGGCUGGAGCUGCAGCCAGGACAGCAGCCUGGGCGACCAAUGUGGGCAACGAGCACGGACAGGUGCUCAUGUCCGUGCUCACAGCUCAUGAGGGAGAUGGGCUGCUGCCCAUGGCAGCAGGGCUGAUGAGGCGCUACAGUGAAGCUGGAGUCCCCCCGCCGAAGCUCCUGUACGUGGACAGGGACUGCUGUUCCGGAACAGGGAGGUCCAGAGCAGCGGCCAUGUUCCACGAGUGGGAGGAGCUGGUUGUCAGGCUGGACGUGUGGCACCUGAUGCGAAGGUUCGCGGUGGGUGUCACCACUGACAGCCACCAGCUCUACGGCCUCUUUAUGGCGAAGCUCUCUGCGUGCAUCUUCGAGUGGGAUGCAGCAGAUGUGGCUCGUCUGCGGGAGGCCGUGCAGGCGGAGAUGGAGGAGAAGCAGGGCAUCGUGGGCCUCAGCGAAGAGCAGCUCAACAGCAAGCUGACGACAAAGCUGCUUGCUCGGCACUGUCGGCGCCGCACGCGCGGUGCAGAGGAGACCGAGGAGCUUGUCCAUCAGCUGCUGGAGGCUUUCCGCGACGUGACGGACACGAUGGGCGUCCCCUUGCUGGACAACGAAAGGAUGGAUGUCAUCUGGAACAACCAGCGGCAACACCUUCGUUGCAUCCAGGAUCCUCCGGGACUCCAACUUUAUGCUAAGACGGGCCAGCUGACCAAAGGCGGGGUUGUCCUGCCUGUGUACCGUUGCGCACGGGGCUCCACCUCCCUUGAGUCGUUCCACCUACACCUCAAUCACUUCAUACCUGGUAAGUGUAUAGAUUUGUAUUGUGUGUGUGUGUGUGUGUUUCUGUCUUGUGUUUGUUGUGGACCGUCUACAACAUGUUUUCUCUGCUUCACAGGCACUUCUGCAAAUGCAGAAAACUUUCAGGCAUACCUCCUGGAAGGCUUGGUGAGGUGGAAUGAGGACCGUGCAGCAGCGGUAGACCAGGCAGAGCAGGUGCUGCGGUGCUACAGUGGCCACCUGCAGCACAACCUCAACCAGCUCAGCCAACAGCUGCUCAACCGUAAGCUGGUUGAGGACUACACAAAACCUGGAGAGUACACAGGAGAGCUGAUCGGUGUCGAGUACCUCUACUCCCAGCAGUGCAAGGAGUUGAGAGAGGACAUUGGUCGUGAUCCGGAUACUCCAGAUGGCACCCCAGAUGACGAGUCGGACUGGGAGGAUGAAGGGUUUGCUGAGGCUGUUCAUUUGGGUACGGAGGAAAGUGACCCCACCAUCGUCCCGCUUUCGGUUGAUCCCCACCGCAGCCUGCUGUCCAUCCGUGCUGCGGCGGAGGCAGGGGCACCUCCUCUGUCUGAAGACGCCCCAUCUGACCCACUCCUUCCCUCCACAGCGACAGCGACGUCAGGCGGGGACGAUGAUGAUGGUGGUGGUGGUGAUGUCAACGUAAGAACUGUUAAGAUUUAAAUAAAAAAAAAUUUACAAGAACAGCACAGCAUAAAUCUGAAUAAAAUUCAUCUCCUUGUUGUUGUUUUUCCUUUAUUUUGCUAGGAAUUCACAGGGCCUGAUGG